CUUUCUCUUGCACCCCAAAGAAAGCCUAGAAAGCCUAGUGGGUUUCGUGUGUUCUUUUUCCCUAUAGCCGUUCUCGUCUCCCUCCCCAGUUGCAGCCCAGCGAACUAGCUCCCUGGGAAUUUGUCUUCGAUCCUUCGCACUGCGCAACACUCUCCACUGUGAUUCCGUAGUUUCAUUGCUUCAUUCCGUCGGUUAUUACCGCCGGAAACUUCACGCCUCCCUCGAUCAGUAGCUGGGAACUGAAGAAUGAUAGCAGCAGUAUCAUGGGUGCCCAAAGGGGUUGCAAAGACUGUCCCAGCAGUGGCAGACCCACCAUCCAAGGAGGAAAUUGAAGAGAUGAUAAAGGCUGGUGCUUUGGAGAGAAGUGGAGAUACUGGUAGUGAGGAAGAUGAUGAAGAUAUGGGUGUAGAUACUGCCAAGCAGACUGAUGAAGUUACCCAUGCACUAGCUGUAGCAGAUGCACUUGGUAGAACGCUAAGAAAUAAGAACUCAAUGACCAAAUUUGAUGAUAUAACUGAUGGCUUGAAGGAACUUGACAUGGACCAUUAUGAUGAAGAGGAUGAAGGCAUUGAGCUAUUCAGCACAGGACUUGGGGACCUUUACUACCCAAGCAAUGAUUUGGACCCCUAUUUAAAGGAUAAAGACGAUGAUGAUUCAGAAGAGCUUGAGGACAUGACCAUCAAACCAAAGGAUGCAGUCAUAGUUUGUGCCCGUAAUGAGGAUGAAUUCAGUCACCUUGAGGUUUGGAUAUUUGAGGAAUCAGAUGAUAAUGAUUCAAACAUGUAUGUUCAUCAUGAUAUUGUUCUGUCAGCAUUCCCCCUUUGUGCAGCAUGGCUUGAUUGUCCACUCAAGGGGGAAGAAAAAGGAAAUUUUAUAGCUGUGGGUUCAAUGGAACCUUCAAUUGAAAUAUGGGACCUUGACAUUAUUGAUGAAGUGCAACCAUCUGUGGUUUUAGGUGGUGUUGCUGAAGAGAAAAAGAAGAAGAAAGGAAAAAAGACAUCAACCAAAUACAAAGAAGGCAGUCACACUGAUUCUGUACUUGGCCUUGCCUGGAAUAAACAGUUCAGGAAUAUCCUUGCCAGUGCCAGUGCUGACAGGCAGGUCAAACUUUGGGAUGUUACUACUGGAAAAUGUGAUAUUACCAUGGAGCAUCACACAGACAAGGUUCAAGCAGUUGCAUGGAAUCAUCACGAGCCACAAGUUCUUCUGAGUGGAUCUUUUGAUCAUUCAGUUGUCAUGAAGGAUGGGAGGAUACCUACACAUCCCGGUUUUAAGUGGUCUGUCACAGCUGAUGUUGAAAGCUUGGCAUGGGAUCCACAUUCUAAUCACUCAUUUGUGGUGAGUCUUGAAGAUGGUACAGUUCAAGGUUUUGAUAUCCGUGCUGCGAAGUCUGAUUCAACUUCUCAUUCAAAACCAAGUUUUAUUCUCCAUGCGCAUGACAAAGCUGUUUGCACAGUCUCCUAUAAUCCUCAUCUGCCUAAUCUUCUGGCAACUGGAUCUACAGAUAAAAUGGUAAAACUUUGGGAUUUGUCGAAUAACCAACCAUCAUGUGUCGCGUCGAAGAAUCCAAAAGCAGGAGCCAUAUUUUCUAUUUCAUUCUCAGAAGAUAGCCCUUCCUUGCUUGCUAUAGGAGGUUCAAAGGGGAAACUGGAAGUGUGGGACACAUUAUCAGAUGCUGGGAUGUCUAAAAGAUUUGGGAGUCGCAGCAAGCAGAAUGGACCUCAACCUGAAGCUUGAUUGGGAGGGAAAGGUACCAUUGUUUUCCAACAUGGAGAGUGUAAUUUUCUGAGAUUGAUUGGCAUUGCAUACAAAAGUAAUGCCCAUCAUAAUUAUGAAAUUUUGUAAGGUUGCAGGUCGUUUUGUUCUUUGUUUCCUUCGUUUUUCCAAUUUUCUUUUGAAAAAUGUUCUUCCUCGUUGGGUGAGAGAAAAAUUGUCUUGUGAUAUCUAUAAUACAUGUAAAAAAGUGAGGAAGACAUUUGGAUUUCCAUAGAUACCUUUACAAAUAUUUCACAAAUAUAAAUAUUUUUAUUA